AUGGCCGUCGCGGCGCCCAAGCCGGUGGUCUUGUACCCCUCGCUGGGCGUCGGCCACCUGAACCCCAUGGUGGAGCUGGCCAAACUCUUCCUCCGCCGCGGCCUGGCCGUCGUCGUCGCCGUCGUCGACUCGCCCGACAAGGACUCCGUGUCGGCCGCCGCGGUGGCGCGCCUCGCCGCCGCGAACCCGGACGUCGCGUUCCGCCUCCUCCCCGUCCCGUCCUGCGGCAGGGAAGACCGUCGUCCCCACCUCGUCAUGCGCACCAUCGACGUGAUGCGCGCCACCAACCCGGCGCUCCGGGAGUUCCUCCGCGCGCAGGUCCCCGCCGCCGACGCCGUCGUGCUCGACAUGUUCUGCACCGACGCGCUCGACGUCGACGCCGAGCUCGGCGUCCCCGCGUACCUCUUCUUCCCCUCCGCGCUCGGCUACCUCGCCGUCAUGCUCCACCUGCCGGACUACUACCCCGCCGCCCCGUCCUCGUUCAAGGACAUGCCCGACGCCGUCCUCCACUUCCCCGGCGUGCCGCCGAUCCGCGCACUCGACAUGCCGACCACGGUGCAGGACGGGGACAGCGAAGUCUCCAAGGCGCGGCUCGCCCAGUACGCGCGCAUGCUCGAAGCGAGAGGCAUUCUCGUGAACAGCUUCGACCGGUUGGAGUCCCGGGCUCUGAGCGCGCUCAGGUGCGGCCUCUGCGCGCCCGGGUGUUCGACUCCGCCGGUCCACUGCAUCGGGCCGUUGGUCCUCCCUGGAAACACGGGAGGGAUCAGCAAGAGGCACGCGUGCCUCCAAUGGCUGGACGCCCAACCGGACCGGAGCGUUGUUUUCCUCAGCUUCGGCAGCCUGGGAAGGUUCUCUACAGCGCAGUUGAGAGAGAUGGCGCGCGGGCUAGAGAACUCCGGGCAGAGGUUCCUGUGGGUGGUGCGGAACCCACCUGAGCACCAGAGCAACUCCGUCGAGCCAGACUUGGCAUCGCUGCUUCCCGAGGGUUUCUUGGACCGGACUAGGGAGAAGGGCUUUGUGGUGAAGAAUUGGGCGCCGCAGAGCGAGGUGCUGCGACACCAAUCCGUCGGUGCAUUCGUGACGCAUUGCGGGUGGAACUCGGCGCUGGAGGGCAUCGUGUCAGGAGUGCCGAUGAUCUGCUGGCCACUGUAUGCGGAGCAAAGAAUGAACAAGGUGCUUAUGGUGGAGGAGAUGAAGGUGGGCGUGGUGGUGGACGGGUACGAGGAGGAGCUAGUGAAGGCGGAGGAGUUGGAAAUAAAGGUGAGAUUGGUGAUGGCGCCUGAUGGCGGGAAGGAGCUUAGGCAGAGGAUCGCGACGGUCAGGGAGAUGGCUAUAGAUGCUCUCAAGGAAGGUGGGUCGUCUGACAUAGCGUUUGACGAGUUCUUGACAGACUUGUGA